AUGUUUGAAAGAUGUGUGAUACGAUUUAUGGCUGAUAAAUCCAAGAAGCUAAGGGACGAAGUGCUCUGCUUACUGGUAAAACACCAGUUUCCAGGAUUUUCAGGAGACUUCCCCCAGCUUCUAAUCUCUGAUGCGAUGAAGACUGGUGGAGCGUUCAUAAUUCUGUACGUUGAGGAGUUUAAAAGGUUCUUUGAAGUUCAUUCUGGACUAUUUGGAAAAAAUGGGCAGGAAGAAUCCUACUUCAAAGCUUUAUUUUAUGCAUUUUCUAACUUUGACGACUUUUGGAUUGGCAUUUCCAAUACAGUUAGUGUGGCUGAUUUAGGCCUUAAAAAUACUUUAAAAGCUGCGAUAGAAACGAACUAUCCUGAAAAGCUAAGUCUGCUUAGAUAG